CCCGAGGGCAGCGUUUGGCCCUGCGGCGCCCCCUGCGCCGCCUCGGCCAGCGCACCCGCCCCCUCCCUUCGCGGUCCGCGCGUGGCGCGCCGCCCUGGCUCAGAACCUGCUCUCUUCACGUCCCCCCUACAUACAUAUUUUUCUCUGGCGCGCGCCUUUUGCGUGCGAGGCCAGCUGCCGCGCCGGCGGCCGCUGGUGGAUGCAUGAGAAGAGGCGCAUCGCGUAGGCGAGCGGGGCUGCUGCUGCCACUGCUGCAGCUAUGCCGGUGCUCGUCCGAGGAUGUCCUUAUUCUGAUGCAGGUCACCAUUGAGGCGAGCUCCGCGGAGGCCACUACGCCCUGGAGGCAGCUUCCUUCGCCCCGCCAGGCCUUCCCGCCGCUGCCGUCCAUGGACGGCGUGGUCGGCAAGGUGGCCGACUCCGUGGCAGACGUCACUAAGCAGGUUGGCGAGGUGUCCGGUCACGUGGAGG